GCGCCGCCGGGGCUCCCGCGUCCCGCAGGCGGCGGGGCCCCUCGCGCUCCCUGGGGCCGGGGUGGGACUUCGAAGGGACGAGCCGGAGACUUCCCGCGCCGGCCGCUCGCUAGGGGCCCGCCCUUUUCCGCUGUCUAAAGCUCCUGCCGCUGAGGUGGACACACGUCCUGCUGCCCCAUUUUCCAAAGGGAGUGUUUCUGAGGAUGUCUCCUGGUUGUCGGAACGCAGCCUUCCAGGCCCUUGCUCAGUCCUUUCUUCCGUCUGUUAUCCUGCUUUCCCCGCGUCCCCGUGCCGUGGUGCUGUGCUAGGUGCGGGUUCAACGGGGUAGGACCGGCUUCUGCGUGCCCCUCGGAGCUCCCUGGGCAGUGGCUGCUGAGCACGACCAUGGGCUGGGGCGCCGGGGCGGGAGCACAGAGCCGUGGCGCCUCAGGAAGUCUCUGAAGCCCUUGGGUCCCAUGGAAGAGGAAGAUUCUCCACAGAUCCAUGCAGUGAGACUCCCCUCCCUAUCUGGAGUGGAGGAAGCAGAGGGGACCUGGCAGCGGAGUGCUAGGACCAGCGUACCAGCGAUGACCAGUUCCCCUGUCUCCAGAGUUGUCUACAACGGCAAGAGGAACAGCAGUCCCCGCUCUCCCAGCAGCAGUGAGAUCUUCACCCCGGCCCACGAGGAGAACGUGCGCUUCAUUUACGAAGCCUGGCAGGGUGUGGAGCGAGACCUGCGGAGCCAGAUGUCGGGCAGUGAGCGGGGCCUGGUGGAGGAGUAUGUGGAGAAGGUCCCUAACCCCAGCCUGAAGACCUUCAAACCCAUCGACCUGAGCGACCUGAAACGCCGGAACACGCAGGACGCCAAGAAGUCUUAGAGCACCCAGGCCCCUCCCCCGCCUCUGGAAGAUCAGGGUGCACCUGACCUUGGUCACCUUCUGUCCGGUUGGCGGUUCCUUGGGGGGAGGGGCCUUGCCCCAGCAGGCUGCAAACCCAGGACCCCAGGACCAUGUGAUUGACGGCUGGGGCCACCCCUCCUCCCUAAGCCACCUCCCUUCUUUUCGGAGUGAGGGGGGUGUUUCAAGCUGCCUCUGUCACUGCAGAUUGGGGACCUUCCAAGCCCUGCCCUCCUCCCGGCCUGGCUGCAUCUUUGGAGCUGCCUGCCCCGCCUGUCCCCUGGGGGGCCCUAGCCCCACCUCUCCCAGCCUCUGCCCCAUCUUUGCCUCCUCCCCUGGCCAGAGGAUCAGGAGGGAGAAGAGGGUGCCUCUGUUGUCUCCCAGGCUGGUGGCAUUGGGCUGGUUUUGUCCUUGAGGUGGCCAGAACGCAGAACAAGGCCAGUCCCCACCCCACCUCUGGUCCAGCUUGGGUCCUCUGCAGACCCUGCUGCUCAUGUGGCCUGGCCCUGUCCAGCCUGGCACCUUCCCUGUACCAGCUUCAGGGUGGAGCCAGCUCUCAGGGCCUGGGACCCUGCUGCCCCAGAGGGGUCCCCAGCACCAGGCCUGGCGUCCUGGUGUCUGGCCCUCUGGCCCCUUGGGCAGGGGCGCCGAGGCUGACCCUGAGGUGGUGGUGCUGCCGAGAGUCUGUCCUGGCUCUCUGGGGUGUGCUGGGAGUGUUACCAGGGCCCCUUUUUCUUUUUGUGCCCUCCAAAAGCCAAGCGUCUGUGUGGCUCUGGAGCCUGAGGGUCCGUGAAUAAAGGCGGGUGGCACAGCA